GGCUUUGCAAAGAUUGUUACAUGUCUGAGACUGUAGGAGAGUUUGUCAUCGAGCGAGUGUACAAUUUGAGCCUGCAAGAUUGCCGACAUCUGCCUCACAGGAUCAUCGAAUGUCAGUUUAACAAGUCGAGAAGAAGAGAGCAGCGAAGAUUUCUGAAACGCGACAUCGAGAAGAUGGCUGGAAAACAUUUGAGCCCUGAUGAGAUCGAGAUGGAGGCUUUUGCCGCCAACGUAACGAAAAAUAUUGUCUGCCUCGGAAAAUCGCUAGGACGAGAGGAAUUGGCGAGAAGAUGAAGAAGAGUGACACCUGAGUCGCCAUGAAGCUUGUGCGCAUCUUGAAAGUUCAUGGUUGAGGAUCUCGUGAGAUGAUGGCCCUCCUUACAUGGUGUGUUGAUUGAUCGCUCACUCGUUGCUUCCUCUCCCCUCGUAGAUCAAAUUUGCGUAUGAAAGUGUGAGAUAAUCUAUCGUGCCUGCUGUAAAGCCUUCAAGUAUGUCUUGUCAUGUUUCAGAUCAGCGAAAUUACAUGGAGCGAAAGGAUGUCCUCGAAGAAAGUCUUGCUGUGCUCGCAGUCUUGGUCUCUAUCGUGACUCUCUCAUGGACUUGUCGGAGGAAGUCUGGUGACGAGACUUGAACAGUGAGGUCGCAAGAGCAUCUCGACGUCUGUCGCAGUGACCGUGAUCAUACUCUUCCUCUUCCUCUUCCUCUUCCUCUUCCUCCUUCUCG